UGGCAACAAGUCUAUCCACAAAAACGCUUACUAUCUAUUCUAGGGUUUUAUCGACAAACACAAGAACCCUCCCUCCCGUCUACCAAUCUCGAAGUGAAGCAGCAGCCAUGAUUAUCCCUGAGAAGAAUCGUAGAGCGAUAUCCAAAUACCUCUUCCAAGAGGGAGUAUGCUAUGCAAAGAAGGAUUACAAUUUGGCUAAGCAUCCAGAUAUCGAUGUGCCAAAUUUGCAGGUGAUUAAGCUAAUGCAAAGCUUCAAAUCGAAGGAAUACGUGCGUGAGACAUUUGCCUGGAUGCAUUACUAUUGGUAUCUCACUAAUGACGGGAUCGAGUUCUUGAGGACUUACCUGAACCUUCCAUCUGAUAUUGUACCUGCUACUCUCAAGAAGUCAGCCAAGCCCCUCGGCCGUCCCAUGGGCGGACCUCCCGGCGAUCGUCCACGUGGGCCACCGAGAUUUGAAGGGGACAGACCGAGAUUCGGUGAUAGGGAUGGAUACCGUGGUGGUCCUAGAGGACCUCCUGGGGAAUUUGGCGGCGAGAAGGGUGGAGCUCCGGCGGAUUACCAGCCUGCUUUUAACAGGGGUGAUGGUGGGAGACCCAGCUUUGGUCGUGGAGGUGGUGGUUAUGGUGGUGGUGCUGGUGCACCACCAAGCUCAAGUUUCUCCUAAACCUUUUAUUAGUUCCAGACUCUUAUUUAAAUUUGAGGUUUUCUGUUUUAUGGUUUUUUCUUUGUGAUAUUAUUGGAAUAUUGUUACUACCUUUUUGUCUAGAUAUGAAUGCCAUUUUGCUUUCAUGAUA